UUUAACGUUAUAUCAAAAUUUCAAACGUUUUCAAAUAAAAACAAUUUUAUUCAUUUAAGUUGCUAAUUUUUCAGUGAAUGUGUUUAUAAUGACGACUACUAAACCGCAGAAAGAUAAACCACAUGCUUUAAGCCCGCGCCUAGCGCCUCGACCGACAGCCGCUUCUUCAGCUCGGGCCGCCCACAACGCCAUGAACCGUAAUCUUGCUCCGCCGACACAGCGUCAAUCGCCUAUGCGAUCUCCACCCUCACCAAGUUCUUCGAAGAUUCGAACUGCUGUCACACGCAAUUGCCCAAAAUCUGAUUCUAAAACAGAAAUUAAAAUUAAUAGAAAUUGUGAGAGUGAAGUUCGACCGGUCGUUACGGAUUUUGAUAUGAUACCUGUAAAACAAGUACUGGAACCUGUCAAUUUUACAGAAAAGGAAAUAGAUGUAGACCAAAAUCACACGCAAAGCGUAACAGAUAAUAGUGGCGAUGAUUUACAAUAUACUAGCAUGGAUUCCUAUGAUAGACGAAUCGAGCGAGAAAUUUUCAUGGAUGUUGUAUUAGAUUCAGAAACAGAGCAAACUAUGAGAAAGCGUCCACAGACACCAGUACGAGAUCAAUCACAAACACCAAUACAAGAUCGACCACAAACACCAGUACAAGAGCGACCACAAACACCAAAAAUACCGAGUCGGCCAAGUACACCGCUACAAUCUACACAACGCCACAGUAUUCCAAUCAGUCGUCCAAAUACACCACAACGACAUACACCAACAACGAGACCCAAAACACCGUCUAUGCCAUUAAACUCAGUGCAGCGGCCAGUUACACCGAUUACUUCUCAUAAUACCCCCCCAUCUAUAAAUGAUGAAGACUAUCUAAAAUCGUCUUAUUUCGCAAAACAAAAGCAAUUUCACCGAAUGAAAAAGGAACUUGACAUAAAACAGCAAGCAGUAUUGCAAGUUUUUGAAAUUCUUCAAAAUCUGCGUAACCAAAUGUUACGUGAGGGUAUCACGGCUGGUGGCGAAGGGCAAAAUGAGUUAGUGAUUUUCAAUGUGGCGGACUGGGCUCCAAACGAAGUGACGCAACUAUGUCGUGAUGCAGCUGCUUCCUCUGCUACCGAUGGAGUUUUGGAACUUUUUAAUACGACUGUACCAAUCGAUGAAAGUGCGCUGGCCGAAGUGUAUACAAAAGUAGUUAAAAUUCCAGCAUGUUUUGCUGAGCUAUGCCUUCAAGCAUUUUCUGGCCGACAGGAGAUAAUAGAUUGGAUUAAGACAUUAAUUAAACAAGACGACAUUGCUAGCAAUGAAGCCAUGGAUAAAAUUGCCCAGUAUAACUCGCAGGGGCUCGAACUUUGUGAAUCUCUCCGGAAUCUCAAAAAUCAAGCUGAUGACGCUUUAGCUAUAGUUACCUCGCUAACGAAGCGAGUAUGUAAAGAGCGAUCUACUUUAGUUGCGGUUGGUGAAGCAUUAGUGCGAGAUGUGGCACAAUUGCGCCAAGAUUUAGAAGCCAGCGUUCCGAAAAAUGAAUUGCCGGAAACUGAUCCUGAAAUUGUUAAAGUUUUAGAGGAAACGCGACGGGAAUUAGAAGAAGAGCGUGUUGCGAAAACGGCUCUAAAAGAUAAAUUAGCAACGACAGAGUCACAAUUACGGCAAACGCGUUUACGCGUCUCUAAAUUUGACCGCCAGCUCCGCGAAGCCGAAGCGAGUAUAGCUAAUCUGACCGGCACUGUUAAAGCUCUACAAGAUCAGAGUCGACAACGAGAAGUUCAAUCAGAAGCAAAGGCAAGAAAAUUGAAAGAAUCUCUAAAGACAGGCGAAGUAGCCAGUAGCCAUUUAGCCCAAAAACGUGAUUCACUUCAAACAGAGGUAAAUAGUCUAAAAGAACAAAUUCAAUCAAUGACUAUGCAACACAAAACAGAAGUACAAGAAUUGAAUAACAAAUUAAAAGAAGUGAUGACUGCGCUAGAUGAAGAAAGACAUUUAUCACAAAGAGAAACUGAACAAAAGCACAAUCUCGAACGCUCGCUCAAAGAGAGUCAAAGCAUAAUAGAAGAAUUAAAAACUAAGAUUACUGAGCUCGAAAACAGACAAAAUCCUGAUUUACCUACAGAACGAGAAAUGGAUUUGUGGGCCGAACUUCAAGCUACAAAGGAUAUAUUACGAAGCAUGGAAGAGGAAAUAAAAACAUGUAAAACGGAAAAAGUGCGCUUUCUGGAAACUUUUACUAAAAUAGCGGAAUCUGAGAACAAAUUAGGUAUGCAGCAAAAGUUAACAGCCGAACUUUUAAAUAAAGAAGAUAUAAUUGGGAAAAUGCAAAUUCAAAUAAGAGAUCUAACAAAAAAUAAUAAGCUGUUCGAACAAAAAGUCAAUCAAUACGAGCAAUAUUUCCACGAUUUGCAAGCACACAAUCGCGAUUCAGCAAAAUGUCAGGAAACUGAAAAUGGUAUCAGCUACCAAGAUCUUCAAAAGGAGAUUAUGGGAAUGAAAAUGAGUCUCUUAGAUGCAGUUCAUCGUAAUGAAGAGUUAUCAGAACUUAUAAUUCAAAAAGAUCAGCAACUUGAACAUCAGGAUAAAACAUCGCGUGCCCAGGCAAUUGUCAUUAAGGUACGCGAGGAUCUGAUAGAUAUGCUUAAGGAUAAAGAAACUGAACAAAGUCGCGAACUUAACGAAUUACAGCAAGAUCUUGAGCAUCGUAUGAAAAUUGUAGAUGAAGUAAACAAACAGAUAGCCUCAAAGGCUGAUGAAAUUCAAGAACUGUUUUCGACGUUGGAGAACAAGCAGCAACAGAUCCACCGAUUGGAAAAGAUUGUACUAGCACUCGAGGAACAGCAACGGCGGGCGCAAGCUCAACGCACGCGUCAUGAAGAAAAAAUCGCAGCUCUCGAGCAUGAACUCGCAGCUGGUGGCAAUCGCCGUGAACGGAAAUUUUUAUUUUUUUAAAUCCUGAAAAUUCCUUUUCAAGAUAGUUGAUGGAUAGUUAUAGACUAGACACGGAAGUAAAAUUAUGCUGAUAGCUAGUGCAAUUUUAUGCAGUGGUGAUGUGGUGCAUAUUAUUUCCUUUUUUUAUUACCUUCAAUAAAUCUUUUAAAAAAGGCUUUUCAUUAAAUAACAUUAAUAUUAUUUAAAAAAAGAAAUAUCUCGAGUAUGAAUUGGCGCUAAAAGUUUCGCAGGACAAUCGCCUUUUCUAGGCAAGCUCUGUUUUGGCCUU